AUGACAUUUGACGACUUCCAAGAAAAGAUCACACACGCUCAAGCGAGUCGUGAAACUUCACCGAACCGCGGUUCCUCCGUUCCUCAAAUCGAAGCGAUCCCAAAGCCUUGUAAACCGUUACGCCAAUGGCAGUCUGAGCAGAGCAUUGACCGCCAGGCGCAGAUCAAGCUCACUAAACUGGUGCACAUGCGAUACCAACAUCCCGAUCUUGAUGAGAUCACAGUAUUUCUUCGUGAUUUUGGUAUGACAGUUGCACACAAGACAGGGGACAAGAGAUGGUUCAAAGGCUACGGCGACGACCAAUACGUGUAUUACGCGCAAAAAGGCGAGAAGAAGUUUCUCGGUGGCUGCUUUGAGGUCGAAAACUUCGCAGAAUUAGAGAAGGCUGCACAGGUAGCUGGGACAGGCCACAUCGAAAAGCUAUCAGACGCUCCAGGAGGUGGCCACCUCAUCACUCUUCACGACCCCGAAGGCUUCCCCAUCAGUCUAAUCCACGGUCAAUCGAAGAAAACACCGGGACCGUACCCAGAAAUCCUUACAACAAACUAUGAAAACGAGAAGCCACGAGUUGCGCGUUUUCAACGAUUCAAACCUGGGCCUGCAGCGGUCCACAAACUUGGUCACUACGGCCUAUGUGUGCAGAACUUCGAAGCACAGAUGGCCUGGUAUACACGAACGUUCAAUAUCGUGCCCACCGACAUCUUAUACGUCAACACAUCAGACGGGGUCAAGAAAGACGCAGCCAUGUUUGCACACAUUGACAUAGGACAAGGCUACACAGACCAUCACACAAUAUUCCUCAGUACGAACAAGACAAGGCAUGUACAUCACUCCUCUUUUGAAGUGCACGACUUUGACACACAGUCGUUGGGUCACGAGUGGCUAGCCAAGAAGGGUUACAAGAGCGUAUGGGGUGUGGGCCGGCAUAUUCUGGGGAGUCAGUUGUUCGACUACUGGUGGGACACAACAGGAAACAUGAUUGAGCAUUACGCAGAUGGUGAUCUCGUCAAUGAGGACACGCCUGUAGGAUGGGGCGAGGCUGGCGAUGAAAGCUUAGCAGUGUGGGGGCCAGAGGUACCGAAAUGGUUCCUGGACUAG